AUGAAGGAUCAAAUUGGCAUUUUUCUAGUGAAAAAAGAAUCAAACAACCCAACAUUUUCAUUUUUAUUAAUUUUUUUCAUAAUCAAAUUAUCAAUCCAACUAAUAAAAAAAAUGGCAGAAUUAACUUCAGGGUCUCUAGUAAAAUUUCUUCAAGAAAUGCAUGUAGAUGAGAGAGAAAGGACCCAAUUGCAAGAAAAUAAUAAAUCAGUAUUAUUACAAAUUAGAGGCAUAAUUCCAGUGCUAAGAAAAGAUGAUCAUCUUUGGCCAAGUCAAGGUUUUUUCUUAAGAGUUUCAGAUUUAUCUCAUGCAAUUUAUGUUUCUUUGCCUCAAGAACAAGAUGAUUUAAUUUUGUGUGAUAAAUUGCAAAUUGGGCAAUUUUUAUAUGUGGAGAAAUUAGAAGCUGCUUAUCCUGUUCCUAUGCUCAAAGGUAUUAGCCCUAUUUCUGGUAGAAAUCCAUGUCUUGGAAACCCUAAAGAUCUUAUUCCCAUGCAAAAUUUGGAGAAAUUUCUUGGUAUUUCGAAAUUGGAAUCCGUUAACGAAGAGUGUGAUUACGAUGGAAUAAAAACUCGAACCGAAAUGGCUCGAUCUUUAUCCGAUUCGAGUCCAAUUAGGUCAAAUGAUCAUAUGAUUAAAGAGAAACAAAGGGAAAAGUCUCUUUACGUAAUAACUACUUCAUGUCCUGACGAGGGGAUCGUUAAGACAAAAGCAGCAACGGAUUCAGAAAUUUUUCAAAAGGUUCGUUCAUGGACAAAAGGAUUGAUCUCAAUAAAAGAAGAAGAUGUGAUAAAAGAUGACAAGAAGCAAAUCGAAAAAGAUGACAAUGUGAAGAAGAAACCAAUCGAAAAGGCGAGCAUUUCGAGAUCAGGAAGCUUGAAUGAUAGUCUAGGUAGAAGAAUUAAUUCAUCAAUUUAUAAGCCUCCGAAGAUCCGGAAUGAUUCCGAAAGUUACUACAAGGGGCUUCGGAAACAAAAACCGAGAAGUUACAAGGAUAGUGAUACGGAAAGUACAAUCUCGGUUACUUCUACAUCGUCAAGGUUCAAGAGAAGAAGCUGGAACGGAAAGGAAGCUGCAAGGAUUGUCGAAAUUUCGGACAAGCAUGUUACUGUUUCUUCAGCUAAAAAUGACAGCUCUGAUGAUAAUUCAACAAAAAUAAUUGUCCCCGGCGUAACUACGAAAUCAACCGUAAUUCCGAGCAAGAAUAGCACUCCGGCAGUAGCAAAAACAGACGACGAAGCUACGGAUCCAAGAGAUACUUUAAGUUUAAUAAAUAACCAAAUCCUGACAGAUACUAAUGUAUCAUGGGAUUUACUCCCUUCAUCUUUGGUGAAGCUUGGCCAGGAAGUAUUAAUACAAAGAGACAUUGCUUUGCUUGCUUCUGUUGAAGCUUUACUAGAUGCUUCUGCUUCUCAGAGAUUGCUCAAAUGCCUAAGCAUUUACUCGGACAUUCUUUCGGACAAGGAGGAUCAACACCAAGCAUCAAUUGAAAGAUUUUUGAGUCUUGAAAAUAACUUGGAACAGACCAAAUUAAUUUUUCAAUCUCUUGUUCAUGGGGGAGAUCAUUCAAGCACACUUCAAUGUGUUAGUGAAGAACUAAGACUUGCAUUGGACAGAAAGCAAAUUGCAAUUACAUGUAUCAAAGCAGCUUUGGAAUCUGAUCUAAACCCAACUUCUUCUGAUCUUUCCAGAAUCUGCAAUGCACCGAAGGCACCAACUAAUACAAGCCAUGGAAAUAUACCAAAAGGUCCUUUAAUUCUCAGGAAGCAAAGAAGCAGCACUGAAUUGGAUUCUGAAUUGGAAAAUCACCAAGAUUGGAUUAAAGGAAAAUCUUUACCAAAAUCAAUAGAAUUAGCAAAUUCUUUAGAUAAUGAGAGUAGAAUUUGGUUUUUGAAUUAUAUUGAAGAAUACUUAGAUUUGGUUAGCAGCAAAAAUUAUUUAUCAGAAUCAGAUAAUGGCCAAUUACCUGAAACAAUGUAUAAGAUUAAGAAAAUUAGUGAUUGGUUAGAUAUGACAUGCAAAGAUAAAUCUAAAUUACAAGAAUCGGAAUUGGAUUCUUGUGGGAGAGUUAGGAAUAAAAUAUAUGAGAUAUUAAUGAAGCAUGUGGAGAGAACUACUAUGAAUGUAAUAAGUGAGUCUUGAAAAAUAAAGAAAUUUAAUUUUGUGGAUUA